ACACCAUAAUGGGAGAACUUGAAACUGUUAGUGGGAACUCUUUGUCUUUUUAUGGAAACACCGUCAACGAAGUUGGUUUAGAUGUGAAUAAUGAUGUUGAUGACAAUGGUAGCGAUGGAGACGUUGACGACGUUGGUGACGUUGAUGAUGAUGGUAACGAUGGUGAGGUUGAUCAUGAUGGUAAAAAUGGUGUCGUUGAUCACAAUGGUAACAAUGGUUACAGCAAUGCUGAUCGAGACGUUAAUGAUGGUGGUGGUGAAUGUGAUGUUGAUUUUGCCCAAUUUGUUAAUAAUGAUAGUGGUAAAGGAAAUCUAAUUUAUCAUGUUAAUGACGACGAAAAUAACGUUAUUCUUGGUGAACCUGUCGACGACAAUAGAGAUGGCAUUGGCAGUGAUGACGAAAAUGAAAAAGACACCAUAAACUUACAUGGACAAAGUGACAAAGGAAGUUCCAAUAAUGACGAUGAUUAUGAGCUAACUAAGCAACGGCAAGCGCGAAAACGGAAAAAGUUGUUUGGCGAAGAUGUCUUACGAAAGAAGUGCAAAAGAAUGAUCUGCGAAUGCGAACCAAUAACAAAAAGUCAAAUCAAGGACGCAUUAGCUGGUACUAACCUGAUUAAAUAGACUGAUUGGAAGCGGCUCAGUACAAGGAUAGCGUACGAAAGAAAGUUAUAUUUUGAUUAGAAUUUUGUGUUCAUUAAGUUGUGCUUAUUGUAACUUUUAUAUGUUCUCCUUUUUUAUAACAAUAACACAAAAUGCAACUGCUUUUUUUAAUGUUUUUUUGUGAGUUUGCAAUGACGUUUCCAGCUGUGCCAUCUAAAAAAUGAUAUUGCCAAAUGAAAUGCUAAAUGAUGAUAGUUUUAGUGGAUUUUGUUUUAUGAAAGAAUUCUAGUUGGUAGCUCGAUUUCAGGAGACUUAUUGCUGAAACUUCUGCACAAAGAUAUGUUUGUGCAAAAUUGUUUUGAUUUAUUAACAUUUGACCCCUGGUAUAAGCUGCGGUAAAACAUCUUGCAUGGGCUUAUCGACCAGAGUGUUGUGUAUGCGCUUUGACAGAGUAUGUUAAACUGGACUACAUAUAGAUAUAAGAAACCUAAAAUUAAACAUUUCAAAACUGGAUUAAUCAUUGUCUUUGGCAGCGUUAAUUCUUUUAAAGCCUAUCUCCGUUGUGAAUAUUGCAGA